AUGAUUGCAACCAUUACCGACGACGACUACGAGGUCCUCGACCAGUACCACUCUCAACCCCGCAAACUCAAGAUCAUCCACGUCGGGGCUGGCGCUUCGGGCCUGUUGCUGGCAUACAAGGCUGAGAGGCAACUCCGCAACUAUGAACUGAUAUGCUAUGAGAAAAAUCCCAGCAUCGGCGGCACAUGGUGGGAGAACAGGUACCCCGGGUGUGCGUGCGACAUCCCCGCCCACACCUACACCUACACCUUCCGCCCCAACCCGGAGUGGUCGGGCUUCUACUCGCGCUCCGACGAGAUCCAGACGUACUUUGAAAAGUUCUACGAAGAGUACAAGCUGGACCGGUACGUGCGGCUGAACACCGAGGUCGUGAGCGCGACCUGGUUCGAGGACAGCGGCGAGUGGGAGGUUGAGCUGAAAAACGCUGAUGGCACCUUCACGGACCGCUGCCACGUCCUGAUCAACGGCUCCGGCGUCGUCAACAAGUGGAAGUGGCCGGCCAUCGAGGGCAUUUCGUCGUACAAGGGCAUCCUCGCCCACAGCGCCAACUGGGACACGUCGAUCGACUGGCAGGGCAAGAAGGUGGCCGUUCUGGGGACGGGAUCGAGCUCGAUUCAAAUGGUGCCACAUCUCGCCAAAGGUAAUGAUUCUGAUUUCCCCUUGCCAUCGAUAUCAUCCAAGGAGGCUCCUUCGCUGACACCAUCUGCUGUCGUAGGAGCUGAAUCCUUGACCGUCUUUGCCCGCAACAUGACCUACAUCGCCCCGCAGGUCGCGUCGGAUGCCCAGAAGAUCGACGAGAACUCGCAGCCGGUCGCCGCGGUCGGGAAGCACUACUACAUCGAGGCCGAGAAGCAGCGGUUCCGCACCGACGCCGAGUUCCACCUGCAGUACCGCAAGCGGCUCGAGUCGGCGCUGACCGAGAUGUUCCCCAUGUUCCUGCGCGGGACCAAGCUGAACGUGCAGGCGCGCGAGUCGAUGCGGGCGAGCAUGCUGGCCAAGAUCGGCGAGGGCCACGACGAGCUCAAGCAGCGCUUCAUCCCGCAGUGGUCGCCGGGCUGUCGUCGCUUGACCCCGGGCGAGGGCUACCUCGAGACGCUGGUCCAGGACCACGUGCGCGUCGUGCACGAGGAGAUUGUGCGCUUCACCGAGACGGGCCUCGUCACCGCCAGCGGCGAGCAGCUCGAGUUUGACCUGAUCGCGUGCGCCACGGGCUUUGACAUUGCCUACACGCCGCACUUUCGCAUCACGGGCGUCGACGGCGCCGUCAUGCAGGACGAGUGGAAGGAGACGCCCAACAUCUACCUCAGCAUCGCCGCGCCAAAGUUUCCCAACUACUUUGUGGUGAAUGGGCCGACGGGGAACUGGGGCCAGGGAUGUGCCCUGCCUUCGCACGAAGUCCAACUCGAAUACGCCAUCCAAUGCUGCCGCAAGAUGCAAGAAGAAGGCAUCCGGGCCAUGGAACCGCGCCAGGGUCCCACCACCCAGAUAAACCGCCACCUGGACGCGUGGCACAAAAAGUACAGCGUCUGGGCCGAGGACUGCCGCUCGUGGUACAAGGACAACAAGCCCGACGGCCGCGUCUACAUCUGGCCGGGGAGCCUGCUGCACCACCUCAAGACGCUGCGCGUCCCGCGCUACGAGCACUACGACCUGCGGUACGACGACCCGGACAAUAUCUGGGCGUUUUUGGGCAACGGGCGCACCGAUCUCGAGGUCGCGCACGACCAGGGCCAGAGCGUCGAUUUGGCCCCGUAUAUUCGCAAUGACGAUACGCCGUGGUCGUUGGAUUUGCCUUUGUCCGUGCCUUUGCCGGUGGCGGCGGAGGAGGAGGAGGAGGAGACAGAGAAGGCGAAGGAUGCCGCGGUGGUUCAAUAA